GGCACUGAGAGCCCGGGGUCGCCAUGGUGGACGAACUGGAUGAGUUGGAGGACUUGGUGCAUGUGACGGUGGGAGACCUGCCCAGCCGGGGCUAUGGUGUCAUGGAGGAGAUCCGGCGGCAGGGCAAAUUGUGUGACGUUACGCUCAAGGUUGGAGAACACAAGUUCAGCGCCCACCGGAUCGUGCUGGCGGCUUCCAUCCCGUACUUCCACGCCAUGUUCACCAACGACAUGAUGGAGUGCAAGCAGGACGAGAUCGUCAUGCAGGGAAUGGACCCCAGUGCCCUGGAAGCUCUCAUUAACUUCGCGUAUAACGGGCACCUCGCCAUCGAUCAGCAGAACGUGCAGUCCCUGCUGAUCGGCGCCAGCUUCCUGCAGCUGCAGAAUAUUAAGGACGAGUGCUGCUCGUUUCUCAAGGAGAGGCUGCACCCAAAGAACUGCCUGGGCGUUCGCCAGUUCGCAGAGACCAUGAUGUGCGCGGUGCUGUACGACGCCGCCAACCGCUUCAUCCACGAGCACUUUGUGGAGGUCUCCAUGUCGGAGGAGUUCUUGGCCCUGGCCUUCGAUGAGGUUCUGGAGCUGGUCUCCAGGGAUGAGCUGAAUGUCAAGGCGGAGGAGCAGGUGUUCGAGGCAGCCCUGGCCUGGGUGCGCUACGACCGGGAGCAGAGGGAGGUCUUAUUACCGGAGAUCCUCGGCAAGAUCCGCCUGCCGUUGUGCCGGCCGCACUUCCUCACCGACCGCGUCCAGCAGGAUGAUCUGGUCCGCUGCUGCCAUAAAUGCCGGGAUCUGGUGGACGAGGCGAAAGAUUACCACCUGAUGCCGGAGCGCAGGCCACACCUUCCCGCGUUUAAGACACGCCCACGAUGCUGCACGUCCAUCGCCGGCCUCAUCUAUGCAGUAGGGGGGCUGAACUCGGCAGCAAAUUUUUACGCAGGCGACUCGCUGAACGUGGUGGAGGUCUUCGACCCGAUCGCCAAUCGCUGGGAAAAGUGUCAGCCAAUGACGACCGCCCGCAGCCGCGUGGGCGUGGCCGUGGUCAACGGACUCCUCUACGCCAUCGGAGGCUACGACGGCCAAUCCCGGUUGAGCACCGUGGAGGUUUACAACCCGGAGACGGACUCCUGGACCAAAGUCGGCAGCAUGAACAGCAAGAGGAGCGCGAUGGGGACGGUGGUGCUGGACGGGCAAAUUUAUGUCUGCGGGGGAUACGACGGCAACUGCUCCCUGAACUCCGUGGAGUCGUAUUCACCGGAAACCGACAAGUGGACGGUGGUGACGCCGAUGAGCUCCAACCGCAGUGCAGCCGGGGUGACCGUGUUUGAAGGCAGGAUCUACGUAUCCGGAGGACACGACGGGCUGCAGAUCUUUAACACGAUGGAAUAUUACAACCAUCACACCGCCUCGUGGCACCCGGUGGCCAGCAUGCUGAACAAACGCUGCCGCCACGGCGCGGCCUCCCUGGGCAGCAAAAUGUUCAUCUGCGGCGGCUACGACGGCUCGGCCUUCCUCAGCGUGGCGGAAGUCUACAACUCCAUGGCGGACCAGUGGUACCUCAUAACCUCCAUGAACACCCGAAGGAGCCGCGUGUCUCUAGUAGCCAACUGCGGCCGGCUCUAUGCCGUGGGGGGCUACGACGGCCAGUCCAACUUGAACUCCGUGGAGAUGUACGAUCCGGAAACCAACCGGUGGACGUUCAUGGCGCCGAUGGUCUGUCACGAGGGAGGCGUGGGGGUGGGCUGCAUACCUCUCCUCACCAUAUAACAGCCCCCCGGAGCCCCCCGCUCCCUAUCCUCCAUUAACCAGGAUGGUGUUCAGUCUCCUUUUACUUUAUAUUAAUGUGAAAAUCCAGACCUUUCGGUACGUCUCCAGGUGCUCACG